GUUAUCUUCUCUUUACAAUAACAACAACAAGAUGGCUUGCAGGAAGGAAAGUCUUCUCUUCGUAUUUGCCAUAGCUGCUUUUUGUGGGCUGACAAAUGCGGGAAAUGGUGGCAGUGCAGGAACAGAGAUAUCAAGACUAUUUGUAACCAAAGAUUCUCAUGAAGUGUUGGAGUUGAAACAACCAAAUGGGACUGGAUGUGGAUGUGUUGGAUACACCUGUGGAUGUUGUGCUCAUCUGGAAGUUAAAAAAAUUGGACUCAAUGACACAGUGUGCACCAACCUGACCUACCUACCUGAUGAGUAUGGAGUGUCCCUGACACUCAGCGUGGAUGGGAUUGUGUACUUCAAAAAGACCAUCUCUGCUAGGAACCCCCCUCCUAUCUGUGUGGGGUUGCCUUACCUGAAGAAAGAAGCCAGCCUUUGUGUAAAGUUCUACAAUCUCAGUAUCCAACAGCACACCUUCAGUGGUUGUGUUGAUGUUGUGGCCAAGCUGGUUAGUGUUGUUGUUGAAUCAUUCAAGCUUGGCUGUUUUAAGAUUCCACCGAGAGGCAGCCCUGUUCUGGCUAUGUCAGGGACAAAGAAUAUCCAGGAUGGCCAGCAGGACAGGUUUGAUGUUGCAGAGGAAAAGAAACUGCUGACGCAACAUUCUGGGUCUCUGGGAAGUGGGUGUAGCUGCCUGUACUAUGACUGUGGGUGUUGUGCUCACAUGGAGUUGGACACCAUUGGUCUGAACAACACAGUGUGUGGGAACCUGACAUUUGAACCCAAGCAGUCCAUCGUAGACAUCAGCCUCUCAGUGGACAAGAAAGUCUACAUCAACAAGACAGUCUCUGUGAGGAACCCGCCUCCUGUGUGCGUUCCCCUGCUGAGUAUGAAGGAUGUGUCACUGUGUCUCCAACUGUACAAGCUGGACAUCAAGGAUGCCAAACUCACAGGAUGUCUCCGCGUCAUCACCAAGGUCGAAGAUCGUGUUGUUGAGAACUAUGAUGUUGGCUGCUUCAAAUUCCCACUUGUUACCACUGAUGCCAAAGCUUUCAGCUUCCAUUCCAGCAAAAUAAGAGAUCACCACUCUUAGAUCGAACAAUUAUUUAGAUGGGCAUACUAUAAAGAUAAGGAAGACUGUGUUUGAUAAUUGAUGUUUUCUCCAUCUGAUGACCACCAAACUUUUAGUGGGUUUCUAAUUUUGCUUCUUGGCUUUGAUGUCAUUUGCCUCUAUUAUGUUUUUAUAUGUUAAAGUAAGGAAAGCCGUGC